GGUCGCCCUUUGGUGUUGCACGCUGGAGGCCGAAACUUGUUUCGAGUCCGCGCUGGAGACUUCUAUCAAUGCGACUCCGAACAUCGUCUGCUGUUGACAAGCCCACCGGCUGAUCUCACGGCCUCGAAAACCUCGCGGACCGCUUCUAGGGAGCCCUUCGUCGUCGAUAACGUAUCCCGAUCGGCUAAUGACUACGGCAUUCGAGCCAUGCUCUCCACUCGGAAUCUCCGAUUGCAGGUCUUCAGCGAUUAUAAUGAUGAUGAAUUCACUGGAUCAGGUUAG